GUCUCUCCAUUAACAUUCUUCUCCAUUAAUACGUUGCCCCAUUCGGAUUCUGGUCUCGCUAUUGGGCAUCGCUCCCCCCUUGAUCAGUCGUCUCUUGAAAAUGUCAGAGAUCGCGGGCCCUGCAGCUGCUGCUCUGUCAUCGCUAUGCCCUGACGACGUAAUCUUUCUUCAGUCACUCCCUAAGGCAGAACUUCAUGCUCAUCUUAACGGAUCUAUACCUAUCAAAACAAUACUGGAACUGGCGCAGCAAUACUCGCCUUCUAGUGCACAGACAACUGAGGUCGCAGACACUAUCGAGAAACUCAAGUCUGGAGUCAUCUUGACUGAAAUAUUCGACUUUUUCUCUCUGAUGCCCGCUAUCUAUGCUCUGACAUCGACUCUGGAAGCAGUCGUGACCGUUACUCGUGCAGUCCUCCAGUCGUUCCUGAACCCCACAGGUGAUGGCACGGAAAGCCCUCAGUGCGCAUACCUUGAGUUACGGACUACACCUCGCACGACGACACACAUGACGCGAGAGAGGACGUAUCCUGCUACUCAAGCCGCACUGAUCGUGUCCAUCGAUCGCCGCAUGAGUGACUUGGAUGUUGAAGAAUGUAUUAGUCUUGCCAUCGAGAUGAAGAACAGAGGCAGAAGAGUUGUAGGCAUUGAUGUAUGUGGGGAUCCACGCAGUGGUGACAUGCGAUCUUUCACUCGGCACCUAUUAAGAGCCAAGGAUGCCGGUCUUGGGUUGACCGUGCACAUUGCGGAGUCCACACGGAAUACAACUGAAGAUUCUCUGGCACUCCUUAGUUGUCGUCCGGAUCGACUCGGACAUGCGACAUUCCUUUCAGAUGAACUCAAGGCUUUGUUCUUCGCGGAUAUCCCGCAGCCUGGGACGGAAUGCAGCUCAUUGUCUGAAUGUUUCAAAAUCUCAAAGAGGUACAAGCCAUGCAUGGAGAUAUGCUUGAGCUCCAAUCUUCUAUGCAAAACUGUCGUAUCCCUCGACGCGCAUCAUAUUCGCUAUUAUCUGAAGAAUGACCAUCCCAUCGUCAUCUGUACCGACGACGCACUCCCAUUCAGAACGUCUUGCCUUGGAGAGUACUCUAUGCUUCUAGCGCAGCCUCCGCUAGGCCUUGGCUUGAGCAGAGAUGAUGUAGCUAGAAUCGCGCAGAUGGGCAUGGAUGCUGCAUUUUUGAGACCUCGUGACUGA